AUGCGCUCCGGCAUUGAUGUUUCGAGCAUAGCACGAAAGGAGGUGGAGGGGAGCCCUCCCCCACCUUAUGGUCACCUAAAGAGGAACCCACGCUUCACGCCGUCGCAACAGUCGGCCGGCUCCCAUCGCGCCUCGUUCGCGAAGACUCCGUCCCUGACCACGACCGGGAUCUCCGGAGGGGGCUCAUCCACGCCGGGAGCCAAGUUCUUCGGCCGCGGGCCUUCCGUGUCGCUGGCAAGCGCACCGGAUAUCGUCGGUGUCGCCGCGGGCGGCCCCGGUGUCGCCUUUGCCAAAGCCACCUCCACGCACGAAUCGGCGACCCAGGGAUUCCGGCCAGCGGGGUCGACGCAGCGUCGCGUCUCAAUGGCCGCCGCAGUGAGGCCUCCUCGCGAGGAGACAGAGUUCCCGGGUGCCGGCGGCCGUUUGCAGGCGCGCCGCAUCUCCAUCCGCUACCCGCACCAGGCGUUGCUCGCGGGUCACAGGAGCUUCCAGCGGUUCCGCUCGGAUGACCGAUCCACCGCCUCCAACGCGAUGUCGUCAUUUAACGCUCCAGAUGAAGAGGAGGAGGAUCCCGAUGAGCAACGGCUCCGGCGCAACCAGGAGGUGCUGGCAGCCCUGUGCGUAUGCGGAAGCAUGACAAGCGUGGCCGCAAGCAUCGCCAGCUACUGGUUCACGCCGGCCGCCGAAGCUAUCGCCGCCAACUUGGACAGACGCUAG